AUGUCAACGCUGGCGCUCGCAUCCGCGCCGGUGAUCCGCCUCGCCUCGGGUCGACACGCCGCGUCCACGGGCCGCGCGUGCCCCCCGCGCGUGCACCUCGCUCCCCGCGCCCGUCCCCGGCGGGAGCGGCGGCGGCGGUGGCGUCAAUUCGUCAACGCGGCGGUCGACCCCGACGACGUGGACCAUCCGGGGCAGGACCGCGACGAUUACGCGGACUGGAAGGCCGCCAAGGAUGACAUGUCCGAGGCGUUCAAGCGCGCCGCCGCGCAGGCGGGCCGCAAAGAGGACUUCGUCGUGGGCGCGGCGCCGCUCGACGAGCAGAUGCUCUCGCGCGUCAUGCUCCAGCUCCUCAACAACCACGCGAGGGGCGUCCCGGCCGCCCCAUUCCUAGACAAGAUCAAGGACGACAUGUGCCUCGACGGGUACAAGUCCGUGCUCGUGGGCAUCGGCCGCACCCGGCAGUGGGCGCUCGCCAGGGAGAUCGUCGACUGGGUCAGGGCGCAAGGCCUGGAGCAGGGGCGAAAGGGGUCGGAGGUGCUCACGUCGAACUGGUUCGUCGCGCUCAUCCGAAGGAGGGUGGACGAUCGCGAGUGGGAGGCGGCGGUGGAGGUCUUCGAGUACAUGCGGGACUUCGACGGGGUGCCGAGCGGCGAGUGCAUCGAGAUGUUCGCGCAAGUCACCGACCACGAGGGGGCGAUGAACUCGAUGACGGUGACGCGAUGUCGCAGGGUCGGGGAGUGGCUGGCGGGGUCAGACGCGGGACGAGCGCUGUGGCACCUGAGCUUCGGUACGCCCGGGCAGGCGGCGCCCGAGGCGGCGCCCUCGCGGAGCGUGAGGAUCGCGAUGCCGACGGAGGAGUUCGACAUCAACGGGGACAUAGACAAGCUCCGCGAGCAGUUCAAGGACUACCUGGAAUGAGAGGCGUUUCGUUAAAAAAGUGGACGCCUCCCACUUUGCUAACAAUAUCAUGUUGAGAGUUCAGUCUC